CAUUCGUUCAUGUUUAAUCGAUAAAAAAGUUGCACCUCGAAGAGGUUAUAAAAAUGUGAGAAUUAUCUAUCUCAAAGUAAUUAAUAACUUAAAGUGAAAAAUAAAACGCGAUAAUGUUGUACGACGAUUUUAAGCCCAUCGUGGACUUAGUAUUGAACAACUGGACAGCGCUACAACUUGCUGUCGAACAUGGAAUGGGUGCACCAGGGGGUGAAAAGACUGCACAACUAAUGGCAGUGUACAUAGCAAGAUAUUGUGUUGAGAACGUGGUAGACAGAGAUGAACUUGUCGAAGUGAUUGAAGACUUGAUGGACGAGGAAUUUGAGACUGUCUGUCAUGAUGAUUCACCCAAAGAAGUAGCAGUUCUUCUACUACAGUUUCUCACUCUGCUCAAAGAAGGUCGACAUGAUGAACUUCGAGCCAGGCUAGAUGCAAUGCCCAAAUGUCAAAAAUGGUUGAGCCAGCCAAUACAUGAAUCAGUGCCACCACAAUGCCAUGGAAACCCUGAUGAUGACUCAACAUGCAGUAGUGAUGAUGAUGAUGAUGAUGUGCCUGACAAUAAUAUGAAUGGGGCAGCAGCCUCAUCAUCUAAACCAAGACAAGAGCCAGAGCCAAUGGAUGAAGAUGUUGACCCUGGGUGGACAGUAGUCAGAUCCAGGAGAAGAAAUUAAAAAAAAUGUUUUAUUUUAUAGGGAUAAUUUUGUUUACAUUUGAGCUUCUUAUAAUUGAAAACAUAUCUAAUUCACUAGAACAAAUUUAAAGGUUACACAAUUUUAAUUUCUAUUUCAUUUGUUAUAAGAUGCACAAUGUAGUUUUCUGACUAUGUAUCUUUUUAAUACUAACAAAUAGAAACUACAGUAUAAAGGUAGAUUUAUUUAAGGUUUUAUCUCACAGUGUAUGGGUUUAGCAGCACAAACAUUAUAAGCAGCUCAAAUGUCAACAGCUAUAAUUGUUGAAUGGUUUUAACAAAUCAUAUAGCUUUCUAUGUAUAAGUAAAUACAUUUAAUUGGGUUGGUUUGAUACUCGAAAAUGGUUGUGAUCUGUUGUAUUAGUAAUUAUAUUACUAAUAAAACACAUCACUUAAGGAAUGGUUUCGCAGCGGGCAUGCGACUUGCAUGGGAGCUUAAAUGCCUCUCUUAAUUCAUUGAUCUGAGUGCUGUUGUAAGUACCUGUAUCGAUAAUUAGUAUCAAAUCAACUCGAUUCAUAGGGCCCUUAUAUUUAAAUAUAUCAACAGAAUCCUCCAUAAGUAAAAACCUAUGAAAUAUACGCAGAUAUUGUGAGGAAAAAAUAUUUUGAUCAAUAUUUUUGUCAGUUUUUAAUUAAAU